AUGACAAGUAAAUCUUCAACUUCAAAACAAAAUAGGUUAUGCGGCUUGUGUGAAGAAAAUCCAAGCAAAUAUUGCUGUCCACAAUGCGAGAUAUUCUACUGUUCUUUGGAUUGUUACAAAUCAGAUAAACAUUUAGAAUGUUCAGAGAAAUUUUAUAGAGAUUGUGUGGAUGCAGAACUUGCAUCCCAACAAGUCAAUGAUGAUGCAAAGACUAAAAUGAUUAAUAUCUUAAAAAGGAUGCAUGAAACUGAUGAUCAAACAGAGGAUGUCAUGGAUGAAGAAGAGUUAGAUUCUGAUGAUGGUUCAGAAAUUGAUUUACACACUAGAAUUAAAGAUUUAAACUUGGAUGAUCCUAAUGUUCUAUGGAAUGCUUUGACAGAAGAUGAGAAAAAUGAAUUUGAAGCAAUGCUUAGUAAAGGUGAUAUAGAAAAUAUAUUACCUCAAUGGGUGCCGUGGUGGAUGUAUUAUAAAGAGAAAAAGCUUGUCGAGGAUGUAAAAGUUUCAGAUAUUGAAACAGAAAUUUUGAAAUCAUGUCCAGAAAUUAAAUCAGUUCCUGACUUUACUUCACUUACAAGUGUAAAACCAUCACCUGCUAUAAGAUUUAAUAUGGCAAAUGUGAUAGCUGCAUAUGCUUUUAUUAUGAGAUAUUUCAAUGGUGAAGUUGAACCUGUUGAAACUGCCAUUUGUGUGCUAGAUAUUUGUACUAAUUUAGAUUCUAAUGCCAACUUUGAUGAUCCCGAGUUAGCUGUGGAAGCAGUUGCUCAGAGAUGUCUACAAAGUGAAUACAUACAAACAGAUGAAGCAAGUUUAAAUGUGAUGAAAAGUGAUACAUUCCUAAUACUACAAGGCCCAAGUGAGGAAAAUAAAAUAUAUUACAGUAAAGCAGCAUUUUCACAUCUCAUACAAAUAUUUACAGAUGCCAAGUCAUUGUGCAAAAUAAAGAACGAAUCAAAAAAUGAGAAGAGUAAUGGAGAUUUUUCUAAGAAAUUCCCAGAACACACUAAAAAUCAUUUACCAUAUUUAGAUGUAAGCAAAGUAAAAAAAGUUAUUAAAAAAUUAGAAUUUUAUUUGUCAUUUUUAGAAAGCUGUGAUUCAAAUACAAAUGAA